CCGGGGUCACGGCAGCAACCCAGGUGCAUGAAUAUUUCCAGAAAUUCAGAGCCUGAAUCUCUAUGGUCUCAUAAUAAAUGUAAAUUUAGUAUUAUCUAUGGUACCUGUCUUUUUGUUUCGAAAAAUCUCUAUGAUAACGGAAUAUAUGAAAAAGUCAGCUCGUGUGUGAUGUGCCUAUGUUAAAUUGUUAAUAAGCCGUUAGAUUUUACAGACUUUUAUAAAAAAAGAGAUUCAUUAAAAAAUGGGGCACAAUUUCAUUAAUCCAUUAUAAACGGGGAAAUUUUGUCGAAUUUGAAUUCUGACCCUUCAUUAUAUGGUGCCUAAUAUUAUAAUUAAUUUAAUUUACUACGUUUACAUUAUGUCACAAGUGAAGAAUAAGAUUUUAUGGCGUUUACCGGUAUUUGAUUCUUUUUUUUUCAACUAUAAUAUUCAUAUCACGAGGUAAAAUAACGAGAUUCAUCUCCGCUCAGCAAUUUUGUUAAAUCGUAAAUAAGAUCGACAAAUGUCAUUGUCUUCGCGAUGUUUCAAAUGUUCCCGCCGUAUUCUUAUCCAUAAAUAAACCAAUAGAACGCCACGUAUAGUACCAACCUAUAGAAAAAUGCCGGAGUGAUUACUCGCCGCGAUGUUGGCAGUAGUGUCGACUGUGGCAAAUGGUGGAUUGCGUUGCUUUUUCUCGUGCUCUGUGUAAAAUAUUUACGUAAAAUAGUGUUAAAUUCGCGGUGCAGUGUUUCUGACUAAUAGAAACAUGUCGGAAACACUGCCGAACAGCAAAAAACAAGUUCCGAGGCAAUUGCGGGAACGCAAGCAGCGGAAGCUCUACUCCGAUGAAUGGGCCCUUGGAGAUGAUGAUGUGGAAGGUGGCAGAGGGUUCUCCCUCGCAGACAAGCUGGAGAGCCCUCGCUUCGAGCACCCCGGCUCCAUACACGAGAUGUUUGGCACGGAGCUUACAGUAGCAUAUCUACAGAAAAAUGGAUUCACAACUCCGCUACUGUUUAAGGAGAAGACUGGACUGGGACUGAGGGUGCCGACGAGCAACUUCACCGUGAACGAUGUGCGCAUGUGCGUUGGCUCGCGCCGCCUGCUCGACGUCAUGGACGUCAACACGCAAAAAAACAUCGAGAUGACUAUGAAGGACUGGCAGCGUUAUUAUGACGACCCCAACAAGGAGCGUCUCCUGAACGUGAUCUCGCUCGAGUUCUCGCACACGCGGCUCGAGAACUACGUGCAGGCGCCGAGAAUUGUGCGGCUCAUCGACUGGGUAGAGGUUGUCUGGCCUCGUCAUCUUAAGGAUCAGCAGACUGAGUCAACAAACGCUCUGGACGACAUGAUGUAUCCGAAGGUGCAGAAAUACUGCCUCAUGUCAGUUAAAGGCUGCUACACAGACUUCCACAUCGACUUUGGAGGCACCUCCGUGUGGUAUCACAUUUUGAGGGGUGCUAAGGUGUUUUGGCUGAUCCCGCCCACUGAGAAGAAUCUGCAGCUGUACGAGAAGUGGGUGCUGUCUGGCAAGCAGUCAGAUGUGUUCUUCGGAGACACGGUCGAAAAAUGUAUCCGAGUCCACCUGCAAGCGGGCCAUACAUUCUUCAUCCCGACUGGAUGGAUUCACGCCGUGUACACGCCGAGCGACUCGCUGGUGUUCGGCGGCAACUUCCUACACCAGUUCGGCAUUGAGAAGCAGCUCAAGAUCGCGCAAGUUGAGGACGUUACAAAGGUGCCACAGAAGUUCCGGUACCCGUUCUUCACGGAGAUGCUGUGGUACGUGCUGGAGCGGUACGUGGGCGCGCUGCUGGGCCGCAGCCACCUCGCCACGGAGGGGCAGCCGCCGCCGCAGCCGCCCAAGGAGCACGUGCACCUCACGCAGAACGAGCUGCACGGCCUGAAGGCUAUAGUGAUGUACUUGCAUCAGUUGCCGGCCGCCCGCAAAUCAGUGCCAGAGCUACUGGCCGACCCCAUAGCGUUGGUCAAGGAUGUCCGCACGCUGGUCGAGCAGCACAGACAUGAUAAACAGCAUCUGGCUAUCACGGGCGUGCCGGUGUUGAAAGGGCCGGACGAGGUGGUGACGGGCGAGCGGCGCCAGUCCAGCGGGCGCGGCGGGCGCGGCGGGCGCGGCGGCGGCGCGGCGCGGCCCCGCCCCGACCACGCCAACUCCGCGCCCCGCCGGCGCCGCACCAGAUGCAAGAAAUGCGAAGCCUGUCAACGAACGGACUGCGGCGAGUGCGUGUUCUGCCACGACAUGGUCAAGUUCGGUGGGCUCGGCCGCGCCAAGCAAACCUGCAUCAUGCGACAGUGCUUACAGCCAAUGCUACCAGUCACAGCUUCGUGUGCCGUUUGUCAUCUCGAUGGUUGGAUGCAAACUCCUGUCGCGCCACAGGCUAAAGGCAAUUCCGGUCGCAACGGGCCAUCUUCCCUGCGCGAGUGCUCGGUGUGCUACAGCAUCGUGCACCCGGCCUGCGUGCCGCCCGGCGGCCAGCUCAACGAGGACCUGCCCAACUCCUGGGAGUGCCCCACCUGCACCACCAUGGGGCUCAACCACGACUACAAGCCUCGUCAUUUCCGCGCGCGGCAGAAGUCUUCGGAUCUCAGGAGGAUGAGCGUCGGCUCAGAUGCCAGUCAUAUAAGCCGAGAACACAGUAGCCUACAGAAUAAACUACCGCCUCCGGGUCCAGUCAAAUCGGAACCUAGUUCUGAUAACGAAGGGAAGAAUGACGUCCCACAUAUCAAGUCUGAAAGUGAAAUAAAACGUGAAGAGGAAGGCGGAGAACGUGGCGCCGGCGAGCACGGCGGUGAGUGGGAGCCUGCGGCCAAGAAGCGGCGCCCCAGCGACGAGCAGGAGGCGCCCAGGAAGCAGGCGCUGCGCGCGCAGCUCGCGGCGCAGCUCACACACCACUCCGCCAAGCAAAUGAAGAAGCCCCUGUACCCGGUCCGACCUGCCCCGAUGCUAGGCGGGGGCUUAUCAUGCUCCGGGUCGCCGUGGCUGGACCGCGGCGCCAUGCUGUGCGUGUUCGCGCGCCUCACGCCCUCCGAGCUGGCCACGUGCGCGCUCGUGUGCAAGGCCUGGGCCGAGUACUCGAUGGAUCCAUCCCUCUGGCGCAGCAUGUCGUUCGUGCAGGUGCGCGUGUCGGCCGCGCAGCUGGCCGGCAUCGCGCGCCGCCAGCCGCUGUCGCUCGGCCUCGAGUGGUGUCAUCUCGCUCGACGCCAGCUGGCAUGGCUCCUGGCCCGGCUGCCGGCGCUGCGCUCGCUGUCGCUGGCGGGGUCGCCGGCCGAGGCGGCGCUGGCGCUGCGCUCGUCCACGUGCCCGCCGCUCACGUCGCUGGACCUGUCGUUCGCGCGCUGCCUCGACGACGCCAAGCUGCGCGGCAUCCUGGCGCCGCCCGAGAACUCGCGGCCCGGCGGCGGCAACCGCACCGGCGCCGAGCCCUCCCGCCUCGCCGCGCUCGCCGUGCUGCGCCUGCCCGGCACCGACAUCACCGACGUCGCCAUGAGAUACGUUGUGCAGGCGUUACCAAAGUUAGUGGAGCUGGACGCGUCGUCGUGCGCGCGGCUCACAGACGCAGGAGCGGCGCAGCUGGCGCACCACGGCCUGCAGCGCCUGUCGCUGGGCGGCUGCCGGCUGCUCACCGAGGCCGCGCUCGACCACCUGGCGCGCUGCCCCAACCUCGUCAGGUAUGUAUGCGGCUCACAGACGCAGGAGCGGCGCAGCUGGCGCACCACGGCCUGCAGCGCCUGUCGCUGGGCGGCUGCCGGCUGCUCACCGAGGCCGCGCUCGACCACCUGGCGCGCUGCCCCAACCUCGUCAGGUAUGUAUGCGGCUCACAGACGCAGGAGCGGCGCAGCUGGCGCACCACGGCCUGCAGCGCCUGUCGCUGGGCGGCUGCCGGCUGCUCACCGAGGCCGCGCUCGACCACCUGGCGCGCUGCCCCAACCUCGUCAGGUAUGUAUGCGGCUCACAGACGCAGGAGCGGCGCAGCUGGCGCACCACGGCCUGCAGCGCCUGUCGCUGGGCGGCUGCCGGCUGCUCACCGAGGCCGCGCUCGACCACCUGGCGCGCUGCCCCAACCUCGUCAGGUAUGUAUGCGGCUCACAGACGCAGGAGCGGCGCAGCUGGCGCACCACGGCCUGCAGCGCCUGUCGCUGGGCGGCUGCCGGCUGCUCACCGAGGCCGCGCUCGACCACCUGGCGCGCUGCCCCAACCUCGUCAGGUAUGUAUGCGGCUCACAGACGCAGGAGCGGCGCAGCUGGCGCACCACGGCCUGCAGCGCCUGUCGCUGGGCGGCUGCCGGCUGCUCACCGAGGCCGCGCUCGACCACCUGGCGCGCUGCCCCAACCUCGUCAGGUAUGUAUGCGGCUCACAGACGCAGGAGCGGCGCAGCUGGCGCACCACGGCCUGCAGCGCCUGUCGCUGGGCGGCUGCCGGCUGCUCACCGAGGCCGCGCUCGACCACCUGGCGCGCUGCCCCAACCUCGUCAGGUAUGUAUGCGGCUCACAGACGCAGGAGCGGCGCAGCUGGCGCACCACGGCCUGCAGCGCCUGUCGCUGGGCGGCUGCCGGCUGCUCACCGAGGCCGCGCUCGACCACCUGGCGCGCUGCCCCAACCUCGUCAGGUAUGUAUGCGGCUCACAGACGCAGGAGCGGCGCAGCUGGCGCACCACGGCCUGCAGCGCCUGUCGCUGGGCGGCUGCCGGCUGCUCACCGAGGCCGCGCUCGACCACCUGGCGCGCUGCCCCAACCUCGUCAGGUAUGUAUGCGGCUCACAGACGCAGGAGCGGCGCAGCUGGCGCACCACGGCCUGCAGCGCCUGUCGCUGGGCGGCUGCCGGCUGCUCACCGAGGCCGCGCUCGACCACCUGGCGCGCUGCCCCAACCUCGUCAGACUGGAUCUCCGACACGUCCCCCUCGUGUCCACCCAAGCGGUGAUCAAGUUCGCCGCCAAGUCGAAGCACAACCUGCACGUGCAGGACGUGAAGCUGGUGGAGCGGCGCAAGACCUGAGGCUCGGACGCGCCGGCCGCGGCGCCCGGGCCCGCCGCGCCGGCGGACGGCUGAAGUGACAGUGACUGACGCGCAACUGAUUACAGUGGUAGCACGGCAUGGUCCACAGUGUUGACGGUUGAAACUCGCAACUUGAAUACGGCGUCGGGUAUUUCCUAUUUGUUUUUUAAACUGGGGCCUGUUUUUCAAAUGAUUAGAUUUAUUAGUCUAAUAUUAGUAUGUUGACAAUCCAUACGAUUCGACUUUUCGUGGACUAAUCGUUUAUCUAAUACCAUUCGAAAAAUUUACCUCAGUUUGUUUCAGAGUUCAAUUUCCGGCAAAAAGCAUUCGUUCAAUAAAACUAAUGGCAAAUAUUAAUGAUGGUUGUUAAUGCUGUAAAUAAAAUAUCCGUCACUUCUACUUGUAAGCUUAUGUUGUGAUAUUAAUCGAUUACGAUUAGAUGAUCUUAUCAAGGAAUUUUCUUGUGUUGAAUUCUGAUUCAGGAAGCAAGGCUGAUAGUAAUGGAUAUGUUAUUUAUAAAAGACCAUUAUACUCAUGCUGUGUAUUUUAUAUUUAUAUGUAUUUUUCGUAUAUUAUCUCAUGGUAGUACCAGUACCCAAGUACACAAGUUUGAAAUUGUAAUAGUUAUCUCAUUAUUAAUCAAAACAGUGGCAUUAAAUUAGAUAACAUGAGCGAGCUAGCUAUUGCUGUUUUGGACUUCAGACAAUGAUACAAUUCUCAGUGUCGUUAAAAAAACUAUCUCUUCCAUGAGUGUUUGCAAAAUCCAUCACAAUAAAAGUAGAUUUCAAUGAAACUGAGAAUUCAUUCAUCCAUCGUGCAACCCGCUUUAUUAUGUCAGGUGACAUAUUAUUUCUUUUUUUUUCUCAGAAGUUUACACCAAAAUCAAAUUGUGUAAAAAAUGCACGCGCACAACAUAUCAAAGGGUCAUUCUACAAAAAUCUCAUUCCUCUUACCAUACCUAUUCGCAAAUUCCCAGGAGAUGCCGCAUUAUUAGCAUCUCAUUUUUGGUGACUGUGUAAUCAGUGCCAAGUUCCAUCUACAACGUGAUCUAGCGGAUCUCCUGGGAAUUUGCGAAUAUGUAUAGCCAGGGGAAUGGGAUUGCUGUAGAAUGACCCAAAGGCGUCCUGCUUUAACACUGCGGGGGCAUACGUUAGAUGUAAAUCAAACAAAGACUUGAUUUAAGCCUAUUUGGUAAUUCGAAGUGAUACGAUUUCUAAAUAAAUGAUAGAAAUAUUGUUCUAGACGUUGUCUUUAUAGGAAUAGUGAAUGAUGUGGUUUUUGUAGCGGCUGUUUGAAAUUGGAGCGGAAAUUUAAUUAAGCUUUAGUGUGAUUUUAGAUAUGUAGAAAAUUCGUUUCAUCACAUUUGGUCGUAAAGCUGGCGUUCAAGGGGUAAUAGAUGAUAUUACUCCAAUUCCAGUACUUUGGAAUCUUAUUUGAAGCAAGCAUCAGAUCAAAUUAUUCACAAUUUCAGACGACUGCUAGAAAAAUGCACUGGAAUUCAUGUGUUUUAAGGGAUGACUUAUAAAUAUGUAAUUAAUUCUUGUAGAGAUUGAUUUUUCCAAUUAUUUUAUUCUAUCUUUUGCAAUAUCAGUGCCAACAUAUAGGUAGUUUCUAUAUGAAUCAGCACAUAUUUCAUUGCACAAUCAAAUAACUAUAUUUAAAGUUGAACGAUAUUAAUUUUAUUGCGUACUGUUGGAUUGGUAUCUAUUAUAUUUUAUUGUUGGUUUUAUGUUUGAUAAUGAUGGCCUUUAAUGUCGAAGGUUUUCAAUAAAUUAUUGAAUAAACCUUUGUACAAAGAUAAAGGCGACGAUAUAUAUUAAUAGAAUGUUAUCGCUUCAUAGCAUAACCAAGUUUCAACGCCUCCAUUUGUUGUGAAGUAAUUAUCUACAGCAAAGUUUGCCCAUAUUAUAAACAAAAUAAAGCAAACUGGCGAUAAUAGGAAAAGAUCGCUUGAUGUGCAAUUGAGUUUCGUAAAGGCUUGAAGAAUUUGAGUGAGCCGGGGGAGGUGGGAACGCAACACGAUGCGUGCCUGACUCGUAAAGUGAUGUCAUUAAAGGUUACAUUUGAAAAAUCUGCGCGUCAUCGUGGAUGACACGAACUAUAACGCUGUAUUUUAACUUUUUAUGAUUCGGAACGCCAUUCCAAUAUGUUUUAACAUUAACAAGAAAUAAUAGCUUUAUUGAAAAGCUUUGAAACAUUGGUUAUCUACUGAAACGGCACACUCAACACUUGUAUUCAAAUAUGGAUCUCUGAACUUCUUAUAAUGUUAGGAUUCCUCGAACAAUUGUUCGUAUACUUAUAUAUUGUUCCAGCAUUACUUACUUUUUGUAAAUAUUAAAAAUGUUUAUUUAUUUCGCACCCCCGAAGAGGAAGAAUUAUUUUAGGUUCAUGACAAUUGUAAGAGCUUAGGUUGUAUUUUUCUUAGUUCUAGUCGCUUUUUAGGUUUAAGCUAUUAUUAAUAGGUAUGUUUGACUGUGACCGAUUAUAUAACAUUUAUUGAUCAUUUCUUGAACUUUAGAGGCUACACAAUAAAAUUACGCUUUUCAUUUUCGUUGAACAUUAACUAAAUAUUUCCGAAAUUUUGUAGAAUAAUGCUUGAAAAGUUACAAUAAAGCUGGUGCAAAUUAUACACAUUUUUGACACGCGACGUAAUUAUUUUUGUAUAGUGAUUAUGAUAUUAUCGUAAAAGUUAAUAAAAUUAGAUCAGAUUUUCAGUAUAAAAGAACUUUGAGAACAACAAUGAAAAUAUCAGUAUAUUAGUUUGUAAGGUCCGACUGUGGUCACAGCGUAAGGUCGGAGGGCCGCCUAUAGGUUUAGCAUCGAGAGGUAAAGAUAUUACACUAUACUUGUCAACUUAGCAGAUUUCAAACCAGUCAUUACUUUUUUUAAUUUACGACUCCUUGUACGAGUUUGAGUGAAUAAAAUUUAGUAAAGAAAAAACAAAUAUAAUAAUUAUUAAUUACAAAUAAUACACCGUUUGCACACACGAUUGGGCAUUUGUUCUAUUCUCAAAAGGGCAAAACAAUUUGGAUUGAUUUCAUCAAAAGGUUCCAAAUUCAAAACUACAAAGAUGACCAGUGUAAGGAGGAUAUAUUUUUGAUAUUAUUUCUGAAAACAACAAUUAUAAAAGUGCCAAUAGUCUGUUGGUUUGACAAGUGUGUACAUACCGCUGACUGUACAUAGGUAGCCUAAGUCGUUAUCGAGUAACAUUGUACUUGAAACCAUAGGCUCAUAAUUAAAAUACGGAGCUAGUAUCUAAGCAUUGUGUGCCUCUGUGUAUAGAGAAUUUAGUGAUAGAUAAGAAUCGUUAAUAAAAUUAUAUAUACGGAAAAAAUACAAUUAUUAUUCACAUCCGUCAGAAUUAUUGGUUAAAUAAAAUGGUGAAUAAUGAUUAUAUUACAAAGUCUACAUAAAUCUAGUUUUCUAAGAUGCCUUUAUGCGAGAGUUUUUAAAUCAAUUUGAAAGAUUUUUAUAUUUGACAGCUCGCAUGCAGGCAGUCGUUGGUUCGAGCGUGAUAUUAAACCAAUGGCUAGGUUAGAGUAGCGCCGCACGGCGACGAGCAACAUGUAUCAUUGGUUACCAUAAGCACUCAUAGUAUUUGAAAUAAAUAUUUACAAUGAA